UUGUACCAUUCAGAGCCAGAGGUUACCAUCUUAGAUCGUUGGUUGCUAAACUUGUUGAAGUAUAUUUUUAGGAUGUUCAACUGCGGUCUAGUGUUACUUCUUCUGUUUAAGAUAGCUGGUGCCGAAGACGAAUAUUACAUCAAUGUUGAAGCUAAGUGUCCAGAGUCGAUAUUAAACCCACCUGCAGAGAUAACAGUGACUGCUGAUUUACCCAGCUCUAAACCAUUUGCUCUAUGCUCCAAUGGUGAAUUCUAUUUUACUAUGGACAACUAUGGAUCUUAUUCAUUAAAAGUUGUUUUUGACACCAACGCAACAGUAACAUGCGCUUUCUAUCAAAAGUCGUCCGCAGCAGACGUCUAUUCUGUCAGUGUAUACAUACCAUUAUCUGAACGUGUCAUAACUGUCGACAUUCCCGAAAAGAUAGUCACGUGUAUUUAUGACCCAAUCGGUGACGAGAAAACAAGUGUACAAGAGCUUGAGGAAAGUAAAACCCCGGUAAAACAGAUAGAACAACAUUUGGCAGAAACCAGUAAAUCUACCAUAAAUAUCUGUGUGGCUGAUAUCAAUAAUAACUGUAUCACAGGGAAUGUGAUGAUAGGAAAAAAUGUCAAAAUAAAAGCUGUUCUUGUAGGGAACUCUCCAGAUGAACAGGGGUUUCAGACAUUGUCGUGCAGUGCAACAGGAGCAGCAUACAAAUUGCCUAUAUUAACAGCAGGAUGUGGACAAGGAAGUCUUUUUAAAACGGAUGCAGGUUUUAUAACAACUGGUAAGGUUGCUUACAGUCCUGUAUUUGAAAUGUUCCGUACUGCUGGUGGAACUGCAAUGAAAUAUGAUUGCUCAUUUGUUGUCUGUCGGACACCAUGUGAUGGAAGUUCAUGUACAAUCAAAACUAGAAAGAAAAGAGACACAUAUUCCGUCAGAGAGCCACAUUUUUCGGAAAAAAUAUACAUUCCAAAGGACAAGGUUUUAGAUGCGAACUCCUAUCCAGAUGAAGAUACUUUACAGGCUUUAGAAAUACAGGCUUUAGAAAUCCAGCAAGAUGGUUAUAAUAAAGAUAAACUACCGGUUAAUCCACGCAAGGAACGGCUAAUGAAGAAAGGUAAACAAGAACCAGGAUUGAAAGAAGCAGAGAGGGUAUCAGAACAGAAUGAUAUAAGACGUUUAACCAAGACAAUACAAUCAGAAGAAUCGAUUUGGUCAAAAGAAAGCAUACUUAUAUUAACGUUGGCUUUCAUGACCAUGUUGUUUAUGGCAAUCACUGUCAAAGUUAUGUUAGCUCUUAACAGAUCUAUGGUUGAAGUGCAGAAUGAGCUAGCACGAAAAGAAACUUUGCCACAGCUGAAAUUGAUUUCAUAGGCAAUUUUUGAAAUAAAACGGAAUUGGCCCAAA